GCCAAAUAUCAUGCGUAACACACGAUCGAAAAGAUUAAUGCACACGAGAGAACAGACGUAAUAGAAUCAUUUCUGGCUGCCUAUUUAAACCUUGUCUAGAUCACGUGAUCAUAAAGUACUGCGAAAUCAACGUCCCUGGCUGCUACAGUUUUGGUUUAAAUCACUGUAGAAGCCUUGGACAAAAGGAUACAUUCGGAAUCUCUACACGUAUUCGUACCGGUAACAAGAGGGAAUUCUAUUAGCCCCGACUGGAUUUAUGCCUGGGGAGCCUGAGCCACCCCAGCCUGAGCACACCAACAAAGCCAGUGUCAAGCCAAAGUUCUUCUCCCCAGAAGCCAAGAAAAAAUGGCGCGGCCGGCUAAGACAUUCCUGCUUUUGCCUCUACUAUUUUCGACUCUUGAAGUGGUUGGUGGGCAAAGUUCGGAGGCGGCAGUAGUGUCCAACAGAGGCCUGACGGCGGGUCCAGUGGUGAAACUGGAGGUGUCGCCACCUCCCCACUAUACUGUGACCUGGCUCAGACCCACCUCUGGUCCCGACACCAUAGACGGGUAUCUGCUUCAGCUGAGACAGGACAACGCUUGUUUGAGGCUGUUCCGGAUCAUCUGUGAGGACUGUAAAGCUAGCAGAACCAUAGAAUCAUCCCCUCCUUGUGACAGACCGGCCAACUUUGUCCACUACCCUGCGGCCCUCAUCAAUGACCCGGACACAAUGAUGAACUUCACUCUCCUGAGACUGGACCCACGAACUCAAUACGAGGCUGUCGUCACCCCCUUCAGCAAAGAUGGACUCGGAAAGACUUCAAGUACUACUUUCACAACCGGAAAACCCAUCCCGCCCCUGGCCGACUACUCCGGCACCAGUCUCCUCUGGUCCAGACGUGGUGUCAUCCCAGCAGAAGAUCACGUGGACAUCAACAUCUGCAGUAGUUGUGUGCUGGACAAGAGCCAUGGUGACCCCACUGUCGCCGCGCUCCUGGUGUGCGUGCAGUCGGUGAUGGGCAUCUGUUUGACCCCAACCAUUAACAAACCGGAGGACUUGGACAACGUGGGCACCUGGAGGCAGGCGGAAGCUAUUGGCUUCAAGACGGCCUACAGGGUCACGCCGGAAGACUGGCUAUCUGACCUUCGCAAAGCGUUGCCCGACCCGCUUGCUUUCUCUGUGGGAGCUGACCGCGACUGUUUCACCAGUGAUGAGUACUGUAACGGUUACCUCCCUUCCCAGUCCAUGAUCACGUAA